UACUCUUCUUUAUUGUUUUCCAUUGUAAGUACAACAAUUGAAGAAAGUUUUUUAUCUGCAACUGCGUAAAACUAGAAUAAAUAACAAAUUGAUCACAAUUGAACAAGGAAACUAUUAAUAAAAUGGCAUUGGCUAAUGUUUUAAUGUUAAGCCAAAUAACCGGACAUGUUAUAGUGGGCAUAUUAUCGUUUUGUAUCAUUGUACCCUUAAGCAUUAAUCUGCAUGAUUUCUGUGGUCAUUGUUUGUUAUUUACAACGGGCAAGUGGCGUGAAGAAGAUGGUAUGUUUGAUCCCAGCUGGUCUUCAUCGGGAUUUUGCAACUUUCCCUUGGUAACAGGCAUAUUUAUGUUGAUCAUAUCAUGUGCACAAAUCUAUCGUUAUGCCCGCAUGAAAGAUGAAGAAGGAUUUUUGGCUCUAUUCAUUGAUGUUGUCUUAAGCAUAUGGAUGUUGGCAAUGUCCAUCAUAUCGUCAAUAAUGAUAACUUUAGGCUUUAUAGUUUGGUGUGAUGGUAUGACUGAACGUUUUCCUACAUGUGAAAUAACUGCAGGACAAAAUAUCAUACAUGGUAAUACAGACAAUAUAGAUACUUCUGGUUUUUAUAUUGAAAUGGGUACAGCACAGUUUGGAGCUUGGGGAGCAUUUGCCAUAAACGUUGGCAUCGGUGUUAUUGCCCUUUUGAAGUUGAUUAACAAUCAUCAAGUGCGCAAUAUUAAAGUAUCCAUGUAUUUGGAACGUCAACGUUUGGUCAAUCAGCAUCAGGUUCAAUCAGAUGGUCGUUCAACACCACCUGCUGUUAAUUCCAGUGAUUCCGAACAAGCCAAAUAGUCAAGUCAAUAUUAUGCACAAUAUUGCCUUCAUCAUCCCCAUCAUGACCAGAAAAGCCAUCAUGAAGAAAUUGUAUUUAUAUGUUUUAUUAUAUACAUGUAUCUGUUAAUAUUAUUUACUCAUUUCAUUGUAAUUAUUAUAUAUGAUGCUUCCUCCCGCUACGGGAUGGACACAAUUUAAGUUAAGUAUUUUAAAUUUCUUAUAUUAAAAUAAUCUAGUAUUAUCUAAUAUUCAUGGCGAAUUAUUAUUAUUACGUUUGUAACUUUAUAAUUCACUUGUAUGGCAAAAUGUAUGAACAAAACUUUGACUACAUAAAUUUAAUCUCAAUUAUAAAUAUUAUAAUACUAUACAUAUACGAAUAUAAAAAAUUUAAUUCUUUAAUAAAUUUGUUUUAAAAAAAGAA